AUGGCGGAACCACCACGGCCGUCUGGGCCACAAGCAGAGCACUCCUCUGACGAUACAGCUACCAAGUCACAGAAGCCUCUUGGAGCCAGCGCCGAAGAUCCUGACUCAGACCCAGACUUUGAUGAUCUUGAUGAUGUCCUCGACCAAUUCUCAGCUGCAUCCUCUGCGCAACCCAAAUCCCAACCCGAGCCCACACCUUCAUCCUCUGGUCCAGGCAGACCGGCCGCUGCAGCACAAGAUGAAUCCUCUCUCCCUCCCAACAUUCCCAUCCCAGAAGGUCCCAAACCGAAUGAGUCCGAGGAAGAGUUUAUGGCACGUCUGACAGCUGAAAUGUCCUCACUCAUGUCUAAAUUAUCGGACGAACCAGCCGCCUCGGCAGCGUCGCCAGAAGACAUUGCGAAAAUGGGCCGCGAACUCGAAGAAUUCACCCAGAAGAUGGAAGCCGAGGGUAUUCAGCCCGAAGAUCUCUUGAAGGCCAUACUAGGUGAGGAUAAAGGGACCAAGGUCGGAGACAUUGCCACGAAAGAACGCGACAGGAGAGAGAGCGAGUCUCAGUUACAGAGUCCAGAAAAGGGCAAACAGCCUGGGGCCUCCAAAAGCAAAGCAACAAAUACGUCGUUCGAAGACACUAUCCGCAAAACAAUGGCCCGCAUGGAAUCCUCCUCGGCAGCGGCAAGCAGCGCGACUGCGCAGUCUUCCAAGGCCGAGGAGGAUAUGCUAGCCGAAAUGCUGCGCGCUUUGGACGCCGAAGGUGCUGGCGGCCAGGACGAUGGUGAUCUGUCCAAGAUGUUUCUUGGUAUGAUGGAACAACUGACGAAUAAGGACAUGCUCUACGAGCCGAUGAAAGAGCUCAGUACGAAGUACCCAGAAUGGCUGGUGCAGAACAAGCCCAGAUUGCCAACCGAGGAGUACGAGCGUUUUUCGAGGCAACAGGUUGUUGUGAAUGAGAUUGUGAACAAGUUUGAAGAAAAAGGGUACAGUGACGAGGAUCCUAAAUGUCGAGAGUUUGUGUGGGAGAAAAUGCAAGCCAUGCAGGCAGAAGGCGCGCCUCCUGAAGAUCUUGUUGCCAAUCCUUUGGGCAUGCCAAUGCCUGACUUGGACGAGAGCGGACUUCAAGAUGGGUGUCCGACACAGUGA